AGGAGGGGCAAUCACACGACGCAGUAGGGGGUACCAGAGUAGAAGAAUUAAGCGGCCCAAUGGGGCCACAGUUCUCGAGAAUGGCCAGACAUAUUCUUAAUAACACAACCAAGAAUAUUGCGUACUAGAUCCCGCGCGUGGAGUUUAAAUUCCUACGGGUUUCGACCAAAGUUAAUCCAGUAGGACUACUUGUUGGCACUCGUCGUGCUGGCCUGGUACGCCUGAACCCCAGUCCCUAGUUCUACGUAGACGAAAAUACACACCGAGACCCGACAGCAUCGUGUAAGGAGUUGCAUCAGUAGCCAUCAACAUCAUAAUUAAAAAAAGCCGAAAUUCUUCUACUUCGUCGGGGUAUACUACCCCUUCUACAGGAGCUCUAGUAGUACUUCUGUCUGCCCGUGCCCUCGGCCAAACUCUGUAUGACAAGACCGCGCGUUCUUCGGUUGUAAGUAGGAAAUUACAAGUACUCGCGCACACCAUCACAAGUACACGCACUACUGUUCUCAGCCAGACAAGUGCGCAUGGCGUCGGACUAGGACUAGCGGCAUCAGAAGUAGAUCGCCAAGAUGGAGUACACAGCGACCAGAUUCACUGUGGCGGAGCCCUAUGGGCCAGAGUCGGACUGGCAACCGAUAAAAGGCAGGGCGCUCGUCGAUCCCAGCAAUCCUGUUUAUCGAGCAAACUGGCCGCGAGGUUUUCAGCUUCUAAUCUAUCUCUAUUACCUCCUCAGGCUUUCCUUGGGUUUGCUUCUGCCGCGUUAGUAGUGUCUUUUUGUCUUGCCUUCCCAGUAGCAGUACAUCCGCCGCGUGCCGUUUUUUUCGGAUCAAUAACGCCCGCCGCCACCUGGUUCCUGCGAUUUGCGUGGCCUGGGGAGAUUCUGACAGCGCACCGAAGGGCCGCGGUCCAUGGCGUGGGCUGGCUUUCGAUUGCGUAGCCCCAUGAAGGCACCGCCGGAAGCGCCGGGGGCGUACAGUCAUUGCGAAGCGCCCUCGAGCGCUCGCGCAUUCGGCUCGGCGGGCGCUUUGCCAGUCCGCCACGCUUGGGUGCCUGCGUGGACAGGACACGCCAGCCGCGUGGCGGCCGUGCGUGGUUCCGCCUGUCGUUUCGCGGUGAGAGGUGGGGGCACUUGGUUCGCUUCUUGUGCCCUUUGGUGUCCGCGGCGCCGCCGGCCGGAGACAGCUCGCGCAAACUGGUGUGGCCUCGGUCGGGGCGCGCGAUGCUCCUGCGGGGCGCCGUGCAUCCGCCGCAGGGGCGGCGCCAGUGCGGGGGCUUUUGUAGUGGCGGGGGGUUGGCACGCGGGGCGGCUUCUGAGGCUGGGUCACUUGGAUGGGCGCCCGUCUGCUCGCGGUGGUCUGGGUGUUUCUGCGAAAAGGGGGCAUGUGCGCUGGGUGUGUCGGGGAGGGGACGGGGGGCGCCGCUGGGCUCCGGUCCGCCGCGGGGCGGGCCGGCUGCCCACCGCGUCAGGGGUAGGUGCGCGGCUGACUCUCAGGCGUGCAGCGUUGUGCCCCCGCGAGAUCCAGGGGUGGGCGCAGCUUGCUGGUUUGUGUUUUUUUUUCUCUUUUAAGUAGAUCUUGGCGACAGGGGCCCGCCCCCGGCGCUCCUCGGUGCGCGUUGGCGGGCGGGGACGAUAGGAACUCGCAGGGGCUUGUGUGUGUGUGUGGGCCGCUCUCAAUGGGUGGGGCGCGUUGGUUUGGGUCGGCUAUUGGAAGGGCUAGCGGGUGUUCUGGGAGAGUAUUUGCGGAGUGCCGUCCUCUGCGGGCCGCGCCGUUUUCGGUCGCACGUCUUCAAAGCUUGCGGGUUUGCUGCCCCGCUUUCUCUGCCAUUCUUUUCGCUGAUUUCUUUCGGGCGAAGCUAGUGGACCACGGAGCGGUGGGAGGGCGCUCGGGCUUGUGUUGGCCUCUUGUCUUGGAGGCGGGGGGGCCGCAGCUCGCAGGGCCUUCGGGCUUCCCUCCCCGGGGAGAUUAGUCGGGGGGCGGGGGUGGAUGUUGCUAGAAUACGGGGGGCGGCAAAGUAGUGGUUGGCGCUUUCUUCGCUUCCCCCUUUUUUCGUUUGCUUGCCCGCCGCAGUCAUAUACAGCGCGCGCCGAUGGGGUGUACCACGCGUCAAUCAAGCCACCCCCUACUCCUUUGGCGCCUCGCUCGCCCCCCCCGCUCUUGGCACAAGUGGGCGCUGCGCCCAUCUUAGGGGCGGGGCGAAGGGAGGGCGGGGGCGCAGCUGAAGAGGAGUAAAAAAAGGGCGCUGUACCUGCGGGCCAGCGGUACAACAGGGCCCCUGGGCGGAGGCGCGUCGCAGUGCGCGUCUCAAAGCUUCAGCGCCAUUCUCUCUUUGCUGCGGCGCUUUGUCGCGCGAUGUUUCUGGCCCCGCCUCCGUUGUUUGUUUCAUUAAUUGUGUGGCCGAGGUGCUGCCGCUAGUCUUGUCGCCCCUUUUGUUUGCUUGGGCUUUCUUUCAUGGGGUUACUUAGUUUGUAUGUGCCGCCCCUUUUUUCGGGCUGGGCAAUUAAUAUCGAAUAAUCAUUCCUCUGGCGAAGCUUCUGAAGCCUCAUCCUCAGGCAUCUUUGAACAUUCCUGCCCAACACAUUCCUAAAUCCACCGAAUAGGAGAAACACGCGAUCCAAAACUCGCCACCGGACUCGAUUUUCCACGAGACCGUCGAGAAGCCGCAAAUGAGGGAUUCGACCGGACUUUUUUUAUCGCGGAGCACGAACCCAGUGCCCCCUUUCAACCGCGCACCCCGCUACCGAGCUACCACUCGCCUUGGCAGUCCUUGCACUAUCGCUACUACCCGGAGCACCCCGACAAAAGCCCAGAGAAAUUCACCAGAAAAGAAAUCCGGACGAUGCAGGUAAAAAGCGGCUAGGGUUGGAGUCACUUAUUCCCAUUUUAUGAUGUCCGUCGUCUAAUAAAUUGCGAUAUAUACAGGAUACAUUCGCUUUCCAGGUUCCGAACUGCAGGGCUAGCAGUUUCUGACCCAUGUGCUCCAGCUACAACACACAGUUUACUACAAAAUCCUUUUUCCAGGUACAGCAGAAGUUCGCUGUGCAGCAGCAGAAGAUGGAUGAAAUGUUCGAGGCUUUACAGCGUGCUGCUCUGGACACCCUAGUUAAGGCUACCGCUGGAGCAUCCCCUUAGGCCAUGAUCCUUGGCCUCUUUUUCAAGGGGAAAAAGAAGCGUCCAAGGAUAUGGGCCUCGAGGAAGAUGCAGCGCGGGAGCUCUAAUCUAGUGCACGGGUCUCUGCACAUCAAGGAGGAGGACUUGAACAAUCUGCAGGAAGCAAUUGUGGUUAUGACUUGGAAAUUUAUCCUGACACUCAUCGCAUAUUGGCUCUGACAUUCUAGCUCUUCUUAAUUUAAGUAGAUUUACGUUUAUUGGCUUUGGCACUAACGCCCACUGGUCCUUGGAUGCUCUUCUUUGCUGUAGUUCUCAGACGACUGACUAUGAUUCACGAAUUAAAGUAGAGUCGUCAUAGACGUUCCUCGUUAAUAUUUGAUUAUUCGUCUUACUAUGAAAUUACAGAGGACUGUGGAUUACGAACUUGACACAGUCCCCUGGUGGUCCAGCAAUGUUGCAACUCAACUUUUUUUCAUCUCUAUCAUCUAGAUUCUCUAAUUUCCCCCUUCGCAAAGUAAGGACAGCCAAGCAGAUGGAUAUCCUUUGGAAAUACGAAGAUUUGCUCGCAAACGCCCGUGCGCAGUACGCAGCCAUGAAUUGGGACUGGCAAGUGAUAUUGGAGUCCAUCACCCAAAGAAGUGAGGAGCUAGCGAAAAACAGGAAAGUUAGGAAUGAAGAUUGAUUUCGUCGUAAGGUAAUUAUGUUGACCUGGUUUCGUCGUAGAUGAUAAAUUGAUGAAGUAUGUAGUUCAUAUGGAGCCUCUAACAUGUAACGAAAAUUAGCGGAUCAGACCAUGGCGCUGAUAUGCAUGCAGUUGUGCCGGGUUUGCGAUCAUACGCUGAAAUACCUGCAUUCCGGUGGCAACAAGCGACAGCCAGCUCAGCCAGGUGUUGUUCUCUAGGAUGAAACUGUAUUUUGCUUCGUAAUCAUCUCAAAGAGGCGCCGCUUCAUUCAACUAAAAGGUACAACGUUUACAGGCUACUACGAUAGUAAAUAGCGAGUAGAACUACAACAACAUUUUACCAAGUAGAUAGUAAAGUAAAGUAAACUACAAUUAGAAAAACGCAAGAAUCAAGACAAUUGCAGUAGACGACUGAUGUAAGUAUUGACGAAUGAAGAUCAUUAUGAAAAUUUGCUUGGCCAUCAUGUUGCAGCACGGAGCAGCUCUCGCCCUUUUAUCAGGUAUGCCCCCUGCAGAGCAGGUGUGGACGAGCUUGGAGAAGGACAGGAUAGCGGAGCGAAUAGGGGUAAUAUUGAACCACGUAGAUCGGCUUUCAGCAUCGGAGGUCGCGGCGAGACGUCCAGAGAUCGAUCUAUAUCUCAUCGGCACUCUGGGUCUCCUCAUAGAGCGAUGGCUUCAUGAAGACGAGAUCAAACUCAAGUGGUUCGAAUCGAAACAAGCCGCGGCAAGUACUAAUUUUUCUCUAGGUACUGUAGUAGGUAGUAUAGAAGUUGCAUCGAUCUUGUCGUCAUGCUGCAUGUGAAGAAUUUACAAGGUUCACAUACGGAACGUAGCACGUAGCGAUUGCGGUGUUAGUGGAAUUCACCAGUUCGUUGUCUCAAAUUAUAGUUGAAAGUCUACCUAAGAAUAUUUUGGCCAUUGUUCUACCAUCAAAUCAGAGCGUCAAGGAGGCAGUUCUGACGGAGGAAAUACGGCACAGUCAUCACCGUCUUCUCGCACAAAGAGUCCAGUGUCAAGGGCAACGAGCUCUGGCGCAGCAAGAAUGAGCACUGGAGCACAAUAUACGACUGCAGUUUUGUUACGGCUGAUCAUCAGACUUCUAAUUACCUAUGUAUAACUUGUAUUGCAUCAGUCAUUAAACAUUGAGUCAGUCAUUAACUUUUAUUGAAUCAGUUUUAGCCCGACUAGUCAUUAAGCAUUCCAUGGUAACCUAACCUAACCUAUCGUUGUCCUCGUAGCACGACUGCUAAUAGAGUAGUGUCGUAGUAAGUUAGGACUAGAUCAUCAAGUUGUUCAAAUUACUUAUACAUUUCUAAAUCCAAGUGGCGAUGCGACAGCGAAAUUUGAGGCACAGAUGGCGAGGAGGCGAGAGGCCACUAGCAACAAGUACAUGCGUCUUCUAUGCGAGCUGUUGACAACGCGAGCGAAACAAAAGGAGCACAUGGUGGUCUUCGCAAUACUCAAGGUACUCUUGAUGUUCUACUCCGUUUAUCCUUCUUCGCGUUCCUUUUCCUAAGUAUAGCUCAUUUUGGUCCUGAUAAUCAUACGCUCUUGAUGACGUACUACACUUGUUCCAGUUUAAAAACAUUAAAAACCUCCAAUCGACCUAGUACUCACCUUAUCCUUUAAUAUUUUCAAAAAUCCAGAUAGCACCAUGAAAAAGAUGCGAGCUGAUACUAUUGAUGCGAACUGAGACUAUUCGUUUUCUAUUCUUAUUUUCUAGGAUUAAUAUUUAUCUGAUUUUUAUAGGUGCGUCGUCGUCCACAUCCACUCCAAAAACGCUCAUUAAACCCAAAGGUGUUUCGUUUUUUAACGCGAAGAAACGACGCUUGUGUGCGCAUGGUGGAGGUCACGAGGAUAGUAUGGGAUCUUACCCGCUUGCGAGAACAAUACAAGUUAGCGUCACCCAGUCUCGGGAAAGCAGAGCACGACAAUGUCUUCCUGGAGAGGAAGAGUAAGCAGGCACCAAGCUACAUCCUGCCAAGGACUCUACGAGCUCUGCCAGAUGGACAACCUUUAUGUUGAAUUUUUAUUGAUGGCGAGGAUGUUACUGUAGUUUCCAUUAUUGAUGAUGCUAACCUUGUUGAUAGUGACCCUUUUCUCUUUUAUAUCUUCCGCUGGUCUGUCUUUUUUCUAGUUAGGUCGGCUCCACCACAAAUCAUUGAUGCUAACCUAUUUAUUACUCCUGCCUGUAAUUCUUGGCUCUUAUCUCCUGCUUACCACUACCAGUUAUUGAUGGCGAUGUUACUGUGGCUAUAUUUUACUUCGGCGCUGUUAGAAGGAAGGAUCUCGGUGCUGUUAGAUAGUGAUUGUAGGAACAGAAACUAAUUAGUAAGAAAAAUAUGUGUAAUCAGUAACAGUGAUCACAGUAAGAGUAACUUGAAGGUGGAUCCUCAUCUAAUGAAGAUUCGUGUGAACCCUAUGAUGCAAUAUGGUGUCUACGGAUCUCGUGAGGACGAGGCGGUGUCUCCAGCCCACAGUGGUGUAGCUUCAUCGAGGCAUCAGCACAGCAGUGCCUCACUAGGCGGGGGAGCGGGGGGCGGAAGCAUGAUUAUGAAAGUAAUUGAUAUUGAUCUUGACGUUUAUGUUUAUAUUAUGCCGGUGGUGAAAUCUUUGGUCUGCACCUGUGUAAGGAUGAAGGUCAUAAGUUGUACAUAAGCUGUAGGCGAAGUUGUAAUGACGAGUCUUAGCUCAUUUUUUAUGAACAAAGUACAAGUAUUACUCAGACGUGGGAAAAGUAAAAAAGAGCUACAAAUCCAUUUUCUUUCUCUACUUUACAAACAACAGUUUCGUUAUCUGAUUGAUUCUAAGAAACACAGUACCGCUUCCGGCACGGCAACAGGCGCUGGGGGCGCGAGUUCCAGUAGGCUGACCGCAUCUCCUAGUCAACGAGGCACGGCGUCGACGAGGUCAAAAGCCAAGUCGCUGAGUCAAGCACACCUAGAGCUGCGAGAUGGUCCCGAGACCUUCGCGCGCACAGUAUCAUGGACUAUCUUAUGGCUUAGAAUACCUACAGUUCUUCUUCACAACAAGCUAUCGUCCUGUCGUUCAUAGACCUGUCGUUCUUGGAAUAUGGUCUUAAAAAUCAAGAGAAUGCAUGGUCCAGUUCUAUUUCUUCAUCUAACUAUCGCGCGGAAUCUAGAGCCAAAACCGAAGCCACCACAGUGGCUCGCGGACGUCGACACCCUGCGCUUCUUCAUCGUGGAAAUCGAAAGGAAUCUACGAGAGUGCCUCUACACUGCACCGACCUUUCCGCUGUAUGGGGAAGACAAAACAUGACGCAGGUCGAUAGUUCUCUCAACUACGGAUGGACCAGCAGAUAGACAAGACUGGUCGCCAGCUAGGCCAGCAGCAUAGAUAGCAGUUAUCGUAUAAGUACUCAAAAUUUAACCGUACUCGGUGGAGAAAAAUCAAUCAAAAUCAAUCACGAACAUCAAUCAAUCACUGGAAUUGAGUCUCACAUUGCACGACGAGUUUUGAGCUAUACUACCUUACAUUUAGAAGUCAAUACACGACGAGAAAUUAAUCAUGAUAGCUGCCUAAUAAGUGGCAAUUGCAGCAAUGAGAAUCAAAAUCAAUCAAUCAAGACAACUGCUCGUCACGAACGCGAUGCUUAACUACUAGCCAAUCAAACGCAAGCGACCAUUCACAUUGAUUCUGUAUAGAGACCUAGGUGUAUUUGUGCAUGCAGAUAUUACUGUAGUUGACCCACUUUCAACAUGGUCAUAGAAGAUUACGACUGAAACCGGAGAAGUGCCACGAAUACCCCUCAUCCCCUAAAUUUAGACGCAGAGUUGUAACUACAUAGAUAAACGCUGUUGAUACAUAACAAACUGCAAGUUGAUGAUUCAUGUGUCCGAGAUCCUGUAGUUCAUUCCGGAACUACAUCAACAGAGACAUGACAGGUAGAUUUAUGUUGAUGAACCACAUGUAAUUGAUAUUCAAAUUGUACCUAUUGAAUAGUUCCAAUCGUUGAGAUGCCAAACCUGCAGCCACUGCGCAACUCGCGCAGGAGGAGUUCCGCAAGAACAGGCAGAUUCUUUGCUACAUAUUCUGUGCUACAUAUAUUUAUAUGUUCCAGGGCGCGGGGCGACGGCUCCCCCUAGGUGCGGCCCUGAGUCAUAAUUAUGAUUAUUUACUUGUUGCUACAUAUGCUAUAUAUUUGCUGCCCAGCGACUUCAUGCGUGAAACACAUCACCAGAUGAACUUGUACCCGAAGCUGCACACUAUAAA